CACACACACACACACCUGUGGGAAAACAUUUCCCACAAAAAAAUUAUUUAAAUUCAUCUGUUUAAAGUGGAUUACAAUGCACUGUGGGCAAUAGGCAUAAUGAAAGAGAACUCUGAGUCUUCUAAACCAAGGGAGGAUCAAAAGGAUGGAUAAAUGUAUUUAAAUAGUCUGACAGCUGCUGUCUUUUCAGUUUUAUAUUCCGUGGGCAGAAAACACGUCACGAUAAAUAAUCAUUUGAGCAAGUAAAAUGCAUUUGUUAACGCCUGAGUUGAGCUCAGCUGGAUUUCAAUGGGAACUGGACGUCGCACAGGGGGCUGACAGACCGCUUCUCGCGCUCCAUUCGUGAUGACCGCAUUUCUUAAGUGCAGCGCGAGUGCGCGCGCGCCUUGAUGCUCACGCUCACUCCCGUUUGAGUCAUUCGGUAAGACCAGGACGUGCCGCGCACUGUCAGUUAAAGAGAGUGGGUGUGAAAAAGAGGGAAAUUUCACGGUGUUGUGUGAACCAUCGGGGAAUCCAUCUUAAAAAGCAUCUGCUGUCGGAACAACGGCUCCCCCACUCAUCAAGACGUUAUACGGGCACGGAAGGGGGCUUUAGGAAAAACUGCACCCCGAUAGUUUUAUCACUGUGAUGAGCUUGGAACAGGGUAGAUUCGAGGCAAUGAUCCGUAAGGCAAACAUCGCUACGAGCAGCUCAAUGUCCACCGGUUCGUCACCGUGCGUCACGCAGCCUCACGGUGGACGGAGCCGUGGAGACGGGCGCUACCAGCAGCACGCGCCUCUUCAGAACGUUACGGUAGUGAAAAGCCAAAACGAGCCCGCGGAACUGGUCAAACGGGCCCUGGACUUCAAGACGGAAGGCACGCAGUGUUACAAGGAUAAGAAAUACCGCGAGGCCAUCGGGAAGUACCACCGCGCGCUGCUUGAAAUGAAGGGUCUCUGUCGCGUGCUGGGGGACCCGGACACCAGCAAGUCUCCGUCCACCGUCCUGACCAGCAUCAGUAAAUCCAAUCUUACGGACGAGCAGAAAGGUGCGGUGGAGAACGCGGAGCUGGAAUGCUACAACAGCCUGGCAGCCUGUCUGUUGCAGAUGGAGCUUGUGAAUUACGAACGAGUUAAAGAAUACUGCCUGAAGGUUUUGAGAAAGGAGGGGGAGAACUUUAAAGCCCUGUAUCGCUCUGGUGUGGCGUAUUAUCACUUAGGAGACUACAACAAAGCCCUGCACUACCUAAAGGAGUCACACAAACAACAGCCUACAGACACAAAUGUCAUCCGCUACAUUCAGCUCACGGAAAUGAAAAUUCGCCGAAAUGCCCAGAGAGAGAAAUCCGAAGUUCCAUAAACAGCUCAUGCUUUAAUAGCUUUCCACUGCGGACACCCCACACUCCCCUCAUCGCACUCUCUGUGGACGAGGUUUGGUAUUUCAUGGGAGUCUUUAUUCCAGAGUCAACACACCUGUGUCAGCUGACGUCCUUUCAGAAACCUCUCACUUAAACUGAAGAGCUGAAUCAGGUGUGCUGGAGGAGACCAUGAAGACCAGGGAUGGAGACCAGGGAUAUCAAUGUCAUUUGCAUAUGCUUUUUAAAGAAGUGAUUAUUUGCGAUAUCAAAAGGUUUACUUUUAUUCACUGUAUUUCAUUGCUGCCAAACCAUUGUGGUCUGAAGAUGUGCUCCACAGAACACAAGCAGAUCAUUUAGUGGCUAUGGUUUGCAUAGUGUUCUUGCUGUUUUUCUUUUAUUAACUUAUUGUUUUAAGACCGUUGCAACUGUUUUUCAUGAGAAAUUCUGAAUUAGAGAUUCAGAAACUGCCAGCUUGUGAACAGAUGUCAUUUCAGUUUUUUAUAUAUACAUGAAGCUGCUUCAUUUGAAGUGCAAUUAAGUGUCACUACCAAUGAAAAUGAUGCCAACAACGAUUAUAUAAAACCUGCACAUUACUUAACACCCACAUUCGCAUCGCAGUGGAUGCAAAGAUUGGACACGCAAAACGUGUACGUACACAUACACACACACACACACACACACACACACACACACACACACACAAACACACACACACAAACACACACACACACACACACACACACACACACACACACACACACACACACACACACACACACACACACACACAGUGGUGCUAAGGUUUGUGCAUGUGAAUCUAAGUGUCACACACACAAAAAAAGCAUGUAGGAGUAAAUAAACUGUGGUCAUUGUUA